AACAACAUGUCAGGUUGACAGAACCUCUCUACCCCGGCACAAUGUACUUAUAACCAAAAAUAGCCAAAAGAAAUUACCAAGAAACAUCGCAAAAUGUCGAAGACUAAAAAUAAAUGACACUUUCAAGAAACUCCAGCUUGCAGCUAACAGAAACAUGGAUGAGUUGUCCCAACAACGUUUUUGAGUUCCCCGGUCUAGCGUACAUCUACAGCCUCAACCAGCUAAUCGUCGCCAAAAAACUAGACAAGCUACAUCAACUAAUAGAAAAACAUGAUGUCAGUUACACAAUCUACAACAACCUCGGCGAGAAAAUAUUCAUAGGGGUGCAGAAAAACCAGGCGAGCCAGUUUCAAAUAAAGCUGUACAAUUUAUACGGGAACGAAGUCGUGCAAAUAACGAAGUAUUGCAAAUGUUUUCUAAGUAAGGUGUACGUUUGGGCGCCCGCGAAAAUCUUCGCCGGAUCCAUCCAACAUUCCCGCUUCUCCGACAAGUACGAAGUGAAGAACUGUCAAGGUGAAGUCGUGUUUCUUAUAAAAAAGUUAUAUCCUCACGACACGAUUUAUACCGUGCUGAGUGGGGGGGAGGAGAUUGGGGUAGUCAUGAAGGGGUGGGGGUUGUAUGAUAACUACGUGGUGAGUUUCUCCCCCAAUUUGGGGGUGGGAAUGAAGGCUGUGAUGCUUGGAGCUUGUUUUCUCAUGAUGCAACAGUGCUGCUUGAAAUAA